AUGCCUCUGGGCUGCUGCUUGGAUUACUUGUGUCCAGAGAUCUAUAAAGAUGUUUGUUCCUUCUUACUGCAGCCCCUUGGAAAAAACCUUGCCCCUUCUCAGAGGACAGACAUUGCCCUUGUAACCCUGGAGAAGAUCAUUGGGGACUAUGGUUUUGAUGAGAAGAAGUGGGCUGAGACUAUGCUGGAUGUGCUUCGGAGAAACCCUGGCACCUGGCUGAUGGAUGUGCCAGAGAUUCUGGGAUUCAUCCACGCCAACCUGAAGAUCCAGAGCACAUCAGUUCAGCAGAUCCUGCUCUCAGUGCUGGAUGUGCUGACCGUCCAGUUUCCCAGGGAUGUGCUGAGGAGUGUGUUGACCGACCUCCCACAGAAUGACAGCACUACCCUGGACAUACUGAAGAGUGUGCUGACCCUGCUGGAAGCAUCCAAGCGGAUCUGGGAUGAGCUCAGCAGUGUUCUACAGGACCAACAGCUGUGUGAGAUAUUGAGCAUCAGCACAGAGGAGUUGGGCCUCCUUCGCUUGACUGUGAGUUACUGGACAAGGCACCGUGCUCUCCUUCAGGGCACUCUCUCCCCAGCUCCCUGCCUCCCCCUGCCAUCCUGCAUAGGCCUGGGCGCAGAGGGAUGCAACGUUGCUGGGACAUGUGUUCCUGUCAUGCAAGACAGACCCCCUGAACAACAGCAGGAGCCUUGGAGCACAGACAUCUUGGAAGAAAGAACAGGAACCAAGCUGGUUAGAACUGGACCGCCUAAUCAGGAUGAAGAGAUGGAUGAGGCAUUCUAUGAGCAGCUGGCAGAAGCUGCACAUUCACCAGCACUCAUUCUCAUGGGAGACUUCAACUUCCCUGAUAUAGGCUGGGAAUAUAAUAUGGUGCAGAGGAAGCAGUCCAAGAGGUUUCUGGAGUGUGUGGAAGAUGCAUCCUUAUGCAGGUGGUACAAGAGCCUACUAGGGGUGGUGCCCUGCUAG